AUGGAAACAGUGUAUCCUUAUGUCAUGGAUGUAGUGUAUCCGUAUUUUUCGCGAGCAGUGUAUCCGUAUGUCAAGUAUACAGUGUAUCAAUUGUCAUGUUUACAGUGUAUCCGUAUGACAUUUGUACCGUGUAUCCGUAUGUCAAGUGUACAGUGUAUCCGUAUGUUAAGUGUACAGUGUAUCAGUAUGUCAGGUGUACAGUGUAUCCGUAUGACAUUGGUACCGUGUAUCCGUAUGUAUAGUGUACAGUGUAUCAGUAUGUCAAGUGUACAGUGUAUCAGUAUGUCAGGUGUACAGUGUAUCCGUAUGACAUUGGUACCGUGUAUCCGUAUGUCAAGUGUACAGUGUAUCAGUAUGUCAGGUGUAGAGUGUAUCCGUAUGACAUUGGUACCGUGUAUCCUUCAAUCAUCAUUCCCCCUUCAGUCUUCAGAACCACAAUUUGCUGAUCCGGAACCAGAACUCACAAUAAAAGGAGACAAGGGAACGCAAGGUGAUAAAGGAAUGACAGGAAACAAGGGUACACAAGGAGACAAAGGAAUGGCAGGAAUACAGGGAACACAAGGAAUCAAAGGAUUGAAAGGAAUGAUGGGCUACAAAGGCAUAAAAGGUAUGCAAGGAAUGAAAGGCGUCAAAGGAAUGAAAGGAACACUAGGCGACAAAGGAUUUACUGGAAAUAAAGGUACAACAGGAGAUAAGGGUACUACAGGAGACAAAGGAACGUCAGGAGACAAGGGAACACAAGGCGAUAAGGGAAUGAAAGGAGGUACAGGAAACAAAGGAACACAAGGUGAUAAAGGAAUGACAGGAAACAAAGGAACACAAGGCGAUAAAGGAGCGACAGGAAAUAAAGGAACACAAGGAGACAAAGGAGCGAUAGGAAAUAAAGGAACACAAGGCGACAAAGGAACAACCGGAGAUAAAGGAACGCAAGGCGACAAAGGAGCAAUAGGAACACAAGGUGACAAAGGUGUAAACGGCGAGGAUGGUAAAGAUGGUUCGAAGGGAACCCAAGGGGACAAGGGAAUGACAGGAAAUAAAGGAACACAAGGUGACAAAGGAACAAAAGGAAUGAAGGGAGAAACGGGAUAUAAAGGAAUUAAAGGAGUGCAGGGAUUGAAAGGCGUCAAAGGAAUGGCGGGAGAUAAAGGAUCUAAAGGAACUUCUGGCGACAAAGGAACGCACGGAGAUAAAGGCGAGACUGGAAAUAAGGGAACACAAGGAGACAAAGGAACGCAUGGGGAUAAGGGUAUGACAGGAACGAAAGGAACACAAGGAGAUAAAGGUGAAAAGGGAAUGAACGGAAACCCAGGCACUCUAGGCGAUAAAGGAAUGACAGGAAAUAAAGGUACGAUCGGUGACAAGGGAACACAAGGAGACAAAGGAAUGACAGGCGAAAAAGGAACGCAAGGUGACAAAGGAAUGAUAGGUCAAAUAGGAACGCAAGGUGACAAGGGAACUAAAGGAAUGAAAGGUGAGACAGGUUACAAAGGAAUAAAAGGAAUGCAGGGAAUGAAAGGUGUAAAAGGAAUGAAAGGAGCAAAAGGAACACAAGGCGAUAAGGGAACAGCUGGUGAUAAAGGAAUGACAGGAAACAAAGGAACGAUUGGGGACAAAGGCACACUAGGUGACAAAGGAAUGACAGGAGGGAAAGGAACACAAGGAGAUAAAGGAACCAAGGGAAUGAAGGGAGAGGCAGGAAACAAAGGGACGACUGGGGACAAAGGAACACUAGGUGACAAAGGAAUGACAGGGGCUAAAGGAACAGAUGGAGAUAAAGGAAUGACAGGCAAAAAAGGAACACAAGGAGACAAAGGAGCUAAAGGAAUGAAAGGAGAAACGGGAUACAAAGGAAUAAAAGGAAUGCAGGGAAUGAAAGGCGCCAAAGGAAUGACAGGGUCUAAAGGAACACAAGGAGACAAAGGUAUAAAAGGAGGGAAAGGAACUCAAGGAGAUAAGGGAACGAUUGGAGACAAAGGCACACUAGGUGACAAAGGAAUGACGGGAAAUAAAGGAACACAAGGAGAUAAAGGAACCAAGGGAAUGAAGGGAGAGACAGGCUUCAAAGGGACGACUGGGGACAAAGGCACACUAGGUGACAAAGGAAGGACAGGAGCUAAAGGAACAGAUGGAGAUAAAGGAAUGACAGGCGGAAAAGGAACACAAGGAGACAAAGGAAUGAUAGGUAAACUAAAAGGCUUAUUUACAGAAUUUUAUAGAUAUAUUUUAACUUAUCGUAACUUUGGAUUGAACAGGGUUGGUAAUAAAACAUGGACCAAAUAA